AUGAAUGAUUCAAACUACCAAGACAUGGAACUUGAAGUUUUGAACAACCAAAAUAUAGAACCUGAACUUGAAGUGUUAGUAGCAUAUAAUAGCAUAGAUGAUCUCUCUGAUAUCGAUAUCGAUAAUUUUGAUGAUAUCGAAGGAUCCUCUGUUGGCAAAACUUUUAAAAAUUGGGAUCAAGUGGUGGACUUCAUGAAAAAAUAUGCUAUUAUUAAAGACCAUAGAAUACGAAUCAGUGGUGGUGAAGAUGAUGCAGGAAUGUUACUGAAAAGGCUUAAUGAAAAAAAAAUUGAAGACCCUCAAUGGUUUGAGAAAUUAUUGCAAGAUUAUCCACAAUCCAGUGACUAUUUAAUAAGAUCCUUAGGCUGUUGUACUAAGUCAUGGGCUCGUGCAUUUAGUAGCAGAUAUUUUACAGCUGGUGUACAAUCAACCUCUCGAAACGAAGGUGAGAACUCAACAUUAAAACACCUUUUUGGAAGUUCAAGCCUUUCGUUAUGUGAGCUGUUUGAGGCCUUAGAAGAAAGAUACCAAGAAGAAACUGAUUAUUGUAAGUUUGUAAGCUGGAAGCAGAUGAUUCCACAAAUAGGACCAAAAAAUGGGGCAAAGGCUAUUUUUGAGCCAGUCAUACGACAAUUAAAUGAGUUUGUAAUGCCAAACAUAAUGAAAAAACAGAAGAAACAAAUGAAUUUGAGUUUUUAUUACCAUGCCGUGAAGAUUGAUCUUGAAGCUGUGUUUUUUAAAGAGAGGUCUUAUGGAUACCUGUGCCGUUACUUUUAUCAUAUUAUGACCCUAACUCCCAAUGCAAGAUUCCAUAUCGGUUUAGUCAAUAGGCGCUGGUACAAAGAUAUUUUGCAAGAAACUGAUAUAACAAAUAAUGAAUUCAUAGUCAUUUCUUCGGACAUAUGUAUAUCAACAUCAAAAGCAUAUAUUUUGCCAACACAAUUUUUGCGUAGCGAAUUUGAUGUUAAUGGAGCUGAAGAAUUUGCAAAUUGUGGUUCAAACCAGUCACCUGAUGAAAUAUCUAAGGCUAUUUCGAAAAAGCACAAAUUCAGUGAACUUUGGGGAUUAGGAAAAAAAAUAAUGGUCAAUGCAAUUGAGGAUAGUAAUGAAGAUAUUUACUAUGAACUUCUUGGGGUUUUUACAUCUAUCCAGAAUAGAACAUCACUGCAGAGAGUUAUUAGUGGAGUUAGUGAUGUUGGUAACUUUAGCCAUAAGAUUAACAAUAAUAGUUGUAUGAUAAGUAUUCGAAAUCCUGUUAAAAAAAGAUCUAAAGGUCGUCCAAAAUCAAAAAGAAUUGCAAAUGCUUUUGAGAAGUCUGAUACAAAAACAAGUUACAAAUGCAAGAUAUGCAAUAAACAGGGUCAUAAUAGCAAAACUUGCAAAAAAAAAGGAAAAUCAAACAUUAAUACAAAUAAUGCAAAUGAUGAAAUUGAAAG